AUAAACUGCAGGCAUCGAAAUGACGUCACCCUUGAACGCACAUGCUGCAUCCCCCACAAUUCCUCAUUUCAAAAUGUCGGGAUGUUCGAGCUGAUGGAAUCGUAAACUGUUGUAAAUAAUCCAGUUUCAUCCCCGUCGUGGAAUGAUAUUUGUAAAUAGUUGUAAAGUUAGUUUGUAAAUCAUGACUGAGGUAGCUUGGGACGAUUCUCGCAUUGGACAGCAGGGAGGCCCCGGUGGUGUACAAAAAGCCCCUCGAUCACAGCAUCCAGCCCUUCAACAGGGGUCUAGAGACGAUGCCACUAUCGGUUAUUUUUAUCAACGCCAGCCUAGUGACACAAUUGAUCCUGGACAGUAUGGUAAACAACGAUGGCCUACUGAUAGAGACGACAGCAUUAUUGAGCAGACCAGGGCAGCCGGCAUUGCUAGAAUGACGAACCAAUUUCAUGCGUUGCACUUAGAAGGCGAUCAGAGAUUGAGGAAUAAUGAAGAGUUUGGUGGAAAGAAGUUCUGGGAUCAGGGAGAUGAGCAGAAGCCAGAGGACAGUCUGUUCUUAGGUGGAAACCAGUGGCAGGCUGCCAGUUGGGGAGGUGUCUCAAUGCCUCAGCAAACUGGCACAGAUCACUCUGUAUCCCAGCCUAUAAUGGUGCAACGCAGAGGUCUGUCCCCGGGGUCUUUCCAGGGCCAAGAGAAUGCUGUUCUUUCCCCACGCUCAGAAACGAGUGGGCUUGGAGUGAGUAUGGCUGAGUAUGUGCUUGGCAGCUCACCGGCUACCUUAGGCAAGGAUAUGGAUGCUAAGAUGCCAAGAUUGAAAACAGCUGCUAGAUUUCCGGUAUCGAAUCAGACCACGGAACCAACCCAAAGUGAGACCAUUGAGCAAGCUAAUGCUAAAGGUAGCAAAACUCCCUCACCUUUUGAUGAAAGCAAAGAGCCUAAUCCCGCUGACAACCAGAACGAGAAUCCACAGACUACUACCCAGCCACAACAAGAGACAAUUCUCCCAGGUGUGAAUCAAGUACCUGUUGAGGAGGUCGGUAAGGUCGCAGUACAGCAGCAGAUUGACCUUCACCGCCAUGUGCUACAACAUCAGAAGACAAACCAAGAAAACUACAUGGAACAAGCCCAGCAGAACCCCCUGCAGAUUGACACACAGCAUGUGUCUGUGGAUCCGUUACAGUUUGACUACAGCGCUCAGAUGGUCCCUAGUAUGGACAGUCCCAGCUACAUGGAAUACAAUCAUACACAGAUGAUGCAGCAACGCCAAGCUACCCCUCAGGCUAUUGCUAUUCAACAACUAACAUCUCAGCAACAACAGCAAUACGCAUUAGCUGCGGCCCAACAACAGCAACUAGGCCUUGCUCCCACUGCCUUUGCUCCUACGAACCCGUAUAUAAUUACUGGUGCUGCACCCACUGCCCAAGAUCCUUAUGCAUUAGGCCUCACAGCAACAAUCGCAGGUCAGCCUACAGUUGUUCAGCCCCAGUACGCGUAUGGCGUAGCCCCGUGGAGUGCCGUCUACCCUGGCGUCAUCAUACCUCAGCAACAACAGCAACAAGGUAUGCAACAGCAGCAGAUGGUAAGAAACCAGCAGAAUGGAAGACCUUUGACACCACAGAGCCAGCAGCAGCAACAACAGGGUCAACCACAGCAGCCAGGACAGCAAGACCAAAAUAACCCAGCCACCUCUGCUCAAGCACAGGCCCAAGCUCAGGCCCAAGCCGUGCAAGCCCAGGCACAGGCUUUACAAGCGCAAGCAUUAGCCACUCCAGCUGGUUACCAAGUAAUUGCACCUGUGUAUUAUGAUCAGACAGGAGCCCUGAUCAUGGGAAAUCCUCGUCCAGUGCAAACUGCCAAUGGGAUGGCCAACACCAACGGUCCAUUUCGUCUACUAAAUGCUCAACAACAGCAGCAGCAACAGCAGGCACCGAUAUCGCUGUACACAAAUAACCCAAUGCCUGCCGGUACACCUACGCAGACCACUAACCCAGUUGGAUCGUUCACCCAGAACAGCUCCAUGUUCAGCAAUGGCAGUAUUGGAUCACUGGGUUCCACCGUUGGUUCCAUAGGGAUUGCUGGUUCAACGUCAUUAGGCGAUCGUCGUGACUCUCUUGGCAGCGAUAAGCGUCCAGGCUUUUCGGGAUUUUAUGGCAGCUCUCCUACUGCUCUAGGGCCGUUUGGUAUCUCGCCAACAAACACUGGUAGCUUAACCCCUCCACCAUCCCAGACGUCACUAUGUGGAAUAAGUCUUGCUCCAGGGGCAGAAGCUAAGUAUCAUCGCAGCAGUUCCGCAUCUACAAGUGGCUGGUCUAACACCCUCUUUCCACCUCGUAGUCUUCGUAGUUCUACUUUCAUGGAGAAGAGUGCGCCAGGUCGUAGCAGACUUCUGGAGGAUUUCAGAAACAAUCGGUUCCCCAAUCUGCAGCUGCGUGAUCUGACGGGCCACAUUGUGGAGUUCUCACAAGACCAACAUGGUUCCCGCUUCAUCCAGCAAAAGCUUGAGCGUGCUUCCAUCCCGGAACGGCAGAUGGUGUUUGGAGAAAUUCUUGGUGCUGCUUACAACCUCAUGACCGAUGUGUUUGGCAACUAUGUUAUCCAGAAAUUUUUUGAGUUUGGCAGCACCGAACAAAAGCAAGCGUUAGCGCAACGGAUCAGAGGUCAUGUAUUGCCUCUGGCUUUGCAAAUGUAUGGGUGCCGUGUCAUACAGAAAGCUUUGGAAUCCAUUCCUCCAGAAUUGCAGGUGGAGAUCGUUCGUGAGCUUGAUGGGCAUGUGUUAAAGUGUGUGAAGGACCAAAAUGGCAAUCAUGUCGUUCAGAAGUGUAUCGAGUGCGUUGAACCAGCCGCUCUGCAGUUCAUCAUCGAUGCCUUCCGUAGUCAGGUGUUCUCGCUGUCCACUCAUCCUUAUGGAUGUCGUGUUAUCCAACGAAUCCUGGAACAUUGUACAGUGGAUCAAACUCUACCGAUCCUUGAGGAGCUUCAUCAGAACACAGAGCGUCUGGUUCAGGAUCAAUAUGGAAAUUACGUGAUCCAGCAUGUGUUGGAGCAUGGUCGGCCUGAAGAUAAAAGCAAAAUUGUCAAUGAGCUACGUGGAAAAGUGCUUGUCCUAAGUCAGCAUAAGUUCGCAAGUAAUGUGGUGGAGAAAUGUGUUACUCAUGCAUCAAGACCAGAAAGGGCCUUGCUUAUUGAUGAAGUUUGUACAUUUAAUGAUGGUCCCCACAGUGCUCUGUAUACUAUGAUGAAGGACCAAUACGCCAACUACGUGGUGCAGAAGAUGAUCGACGUAGCCGAGCCCAACCAACGCAAACUACUCAUGCAUAAGAUUCGUCCACACGUGAGCACUCUGCGCAAGUAUACGUACGGCAAGCAUAUUUUGGCCAAGCUGGAGAAGUUCUUCAUGAAGAGCAACGACCUGGGACCUAUCGGUGCCCCUCCAAAUGGCACUUUGUAAACAUCGCC